AAACUUGGUGGGCUAUAGCCCAAAUAUAAAAGGGGCAGUCCGGUUGAGCCCAACCCAAUUAUAAAGAGAUGGGCUUGACCCGAAUUGACUUGGAUCUGUUGCUUCUUCUUCUUCAAUGGCAGUCUCAAUCAUCCCAACCUUAAACCCUUGAAAACCCCAGGAACUUAAUUGAAAAGAUUUGCCAAAUUGAUAGCUAAAUUUUGUUAAUUAGGGUUCAAAUUGCACAUGUGUACUGAUCAAAAUGGUGGGACAGGAUAAAGCUGAGCUAGGGGGUUUGCUUGAAAUUCUACCCCCGGUAGAGUUUUGCUGUAUAUAUGGUUCUAAACUUCAUCCCAACAACAAAGAUGAGACAUCUAUGACAGAUUACAUUAUUGGAGUAUCUGAUCCUCGACAAUGGCAUUCUGAGAAUCUAAAAUUGAACAAGGAUCACUAUGCUUCGUGUCUCAUUCGCCUUGGUGGAGCAAGGAUGAUAACUGAUAUUGCAAAUGACAUUGGUGUUGGCGUACACUUCAACCCAUUUGUGUCUUGCAACAACAAGAUGUUCAAGUAUGGAGUUGUACGGAUGCAUGACUUGAUUCAAGACAUAUUGGGAUGGGAGAGGUUUUAUCUCAGCGGUCGUUUGCAGAAACCAGUGAACAUUCUUACGGAUAACUUGGAUAUAAAAAGCGUGAACAGCGUGAAUCUGAAAGCUGCAACUUCUGCUGCUCUUCUCCUUUUGCCAUCUAAAUUCACGGAGGAAGAUUUAUAUGCCAAAAUCUGUAGCCUCUCAUAUACAGGUGACUUGCGUAUGCUUUUUGCAGAGGACAAAAAUAAGGUGAACAAAAUUGUACAAGGACAGUUCCAUUUAUUUGAGGAAAUGUAUAAGCCAUUUCUGGAAGAAUACGAGGCCAAAAACUUGUUGAGAUUUUCAGUAGCUGGUGAUAAGCAAGUAAACAUAUUUCAGGAUUGUGGAUUAUCUGCUGCUUCCACCUUGGUUUCUUCUCUUCCUUCAUCAAUCAGAAGUGAGAUGGCCAUGAAACUUGGAGAAAAGAGAAUUCUGGAUGACUCUGGUAGAGUUAGACAACAAAUAGUGAUUGGUUCAAAAGAACAGGCUGCUGAGUGCAUGCAGAGGCUAGUUAGACGAAAGGUUAUGUUUUCUAGCACAAGGCAGGCUGUUGCAGGUUUAUUGACUGCUGGUGCUGUUCAUGGAGUCAGAUAUGUAGCAAACAAGAUGCGCAAGGCUUGGAAAUCUUGGGUGUAAUUGUUUCCUGUUUUUGGGUGACAUCACGUCUUUUAACUGGUUCAGACAUGGGGAUAUAGCCACAACCACAGUUACACCUAAUGACAUGCGGUUCAACCAUGGAGUUCUUAGCAUGGAUAGAGUUUGCCGACUCUCCUGCUGCUUUUUCAAAAUAAGACAAAUAGAAUUUGAGGGGGGAAAUAACCAACAACCCAUCAAAAAAUUUCUUCUGAAAGUUUUCUGUUCACUUGUAUUCUUUUCUUUUAUUUAUUUCAAAGGUGGGAAGAGUUCUUCAGGGAAGGUCGAGCUGUUGUAUGUUUAGAACAUCCUGGUGAAAAGAAGUUAAUCAAUGUUUCUAAACAAGGAAUUGCUAUUGUUACUCUGUGUGUGUACUUAUUUUUCCUCUUUCCAGAGGACAAGUAAAUGUGUUCUAAGGUUCAUGAA